AUUUGAGGCAUGGACGGCUUCUCGAGUUUCCUAUAACUGUACGCUCUCCUUAUCCCAUCCAUGCUUCCCUCAAUUCCUAGAGCCAUAACAUGAGCGCUAGUCGCCGCAACGGAAAACCCGCCUCAUGCGAGCCAUGUCGAAAGAACAAGACUCGAUGUGACCAUGCGUUUCCGAAAUGCGACCGAUGUCGCCAACGCGGGAUAUCGGAGAAAUGUUUCUAUCAUCCCGCUCCGCUGACAAAACCUCGAGGAACCCCGGGUGCUGAUUCUUCAGCUGAUUCGCCGAAACAGAAGAGAAGGCAGCUGAAUGCUGAAGCUCGAAACUCGCAAUUCCCUCUGACUGGGAAUGGAGCAAUUCUCACCUCCCGAUCUCAGGAUGAGUGCUUUGUUGACUCUGUAGCAGCCCAGACCUAUUGCCCUGGGUACCUAGGGCCGACCAGUUAUGCCGCCAUUCUCCCAAAAGAAGAUGAGUCUUCGCAUUCGGGCGCCCGUCAAGCUUCUAUUGACUCCGACGAUUCAAAUCAUGAGCUGGCUUACCAACACCCUCUCACAAAGACAAUGCGUGUGCAAUUAGCGAAUAAUGUGUUGAGAAGCCUGCGCAACUACCGACUGAUUCAAGAUCUUAUCCUUCUUUAUUGUGAAAAUAACCAGGCAGGUGUUGUUGCUGCACCCUUGUAUGCAAAUGCGGUCAAUGCACUUAACAACACCGUCGAAAACUACAACCUCACAGAUUCUUCACCGGAUCCUCGACUGGUCUCAAUAGUUUUAGAAAACACAAGCCAGCCACUUAACAUAGGACCUUCAACCCAAGCUAGUGAGUUUCACGGAAUGAUCACAGGCGAUAAUCUACGUCUCGAAAUUAUUGGACUCUUGCUUGCCUCCGCCGCUCGCUCGAUGAUGUUUGGUCUGGGGCCUGACAGCUGGAGCGACAAUAGUCGACGUGAACUCCGACCUCAACUCUUGGAUGAGAUGCUUCGAUCUAGUACCACAUGCCUUGUUCUCUGCACCUUAAUCAGCCCAGCGAAUGAUGUUAUGAUCUGGAUGUUUUACGAGAACCUUUUACUCACGUGCGUGCAUUGCGGUUACACUAGCCCCCAGUCCUGGCGUCGGUUAGGCGAGCUGUCAACACAGAUAUACGCCUUAGGCAUCCACAAAGAAUCUAAUUGCUCCAAUCUCCCCCUCUUCAUCCUCGAAACACGCCGCCGACUAUUCUGCGCUGCAUACAGCAUGGACAAAACUAUCUCCACCUUCCUCGGCCGACCUCCAAGGCUUAGCAAUCGCCACACCGACAUCAAACCCCCACUCGACCUCUCCGACAUGGACCUAACCGCCGACUUAACCACGGCUUCCGCCGCUAUAAAAGCUCUCGAUCCCGGCGGCUGGAACCAACACCACCUAUACCUCCGAACCUCCUGGAUCCGGCUCCGCUUUUACAUGAGCCAAUACCGGGAAGAAAUUCUAGACUUCGCGCUCUCAAAACCCGACGCCGGGGUCCAACAACAACUCCUCGAUAUCUCAAUCCGGUGUCGCCAAUCAUGGGACCGUUUACCUCCGCAUUUGCGCUACUACCCCACCUGCUGGGACGAUUCCCUCCCAUAUGGCGUGUGUCUCAUGCUUGUCAUUGUAUACCUCACAUACUUAUACAACGAAUUCCUGGUCCACAAACUACUCGACCGUACGCCUCUGACCUCUAACACCCCACUGUUACUCGUGAGUAUGGAUCUGCUAUCCACGGCGCUAACACUCGCCACGGUUCGCGAUCGUACGUACGAAAUCUUGUUGUACGGGAUUCCGAGCGGAAGCGUGUUGGUUACUGCACUCCAGGAACAACACCAGACGGGCCAGGCUUUUCCGACGUCGAUCUCGCGCUCGGAGAUUAUAAGGACGCUGUCGGUAUUGAUUUCACAUUUGGAGUCUGUGGCGAAGCCGGGAGAUGGGAAUUAUAGUCUUUGUCGGAAAGCGAUGAAGGCUUUCACCCGGGUCAUCGACGCGGUCUUGGACCCAAAGCCGGCGGCUGAGGUGCCUGCUACUAAUGCGAAUACAGGAGAAGAAAUAGAGGGCGAUUUCGACUUUGAGAUGGACUUGAGUUUGUUUCAGGCUCCAGGACUGGAGGGGUAUGAUGGGAUGGAUUUAGUUGGUGGUGGAAUGUAUGAUGGGGCGGAUUGGGGGGCUAUUGGACAGCGGGCUUUUUGA